CAAGCCAGCCAGACUUCGACACUGAAUCAUGAGCACAAACAGCGCGCUGUUGGGCUUGGAGACACUGCAGUGACAAACGCACACGGCGCCCAAGAUUGAUUCGCUGUCCUCGCUGUGAUAUUGGCGUGUGUCACCGUGUGUGGUUCUUGCUUCGGAAGACGCCUCACUAAAGCCAACCUUUAAAAAAGGACGUGCUCGGUGAAUCAACUCCGAUGUGGCAACUGAAUGUGAAAGACAGUGUUUUGCGUCUUGUGGAGGAAUCAGCAAAAUCGUUCGGAGGAUAAUGACAGGUCGUGGGCUCGGUCUCGGGUGAUUCUUUGAAACAUCACUUGAAACAGCAAGAGUGAGGGGAGACGACAACGGAGUGGAAGAAAGAGACUUGCAGUAAUCCAGCAGCAGACAGCUGAUGGUGGAGCUGUUAUCUCAGGGACAUGCUUUGGGGAUGGAACAAGGGAAAUCUCUCUUUGAGCAGGGGAGAAUCAGGAGAUGGAGAGAAACCAUAUAAUGUUUUUCCUUUCUUUUUUCUUUUUUUAAAUGAGAAACAAUUCACAUAGUGUGUAUAAAAGAACAUUCUGAGACACUACAAGAAAAGCAAAUACCACAAUGGCUUUUGAAUUUGAAGACUGAUACAAAGAGCAGAUUCAAUCAGGGCCUACAGAUGAAUUGGUACUCCACCACUGUUCAGGGUACAUUUCCAGAGUGCACCCACGUUGUGGAUUCCUUGCUUUAUCUCUGCCACUGACCCUAAAACGGAUUCAAUUGCUUCUAAUGUUAAGAGGCUUUAAAAACAAUUGCUGCAUAUCUUCAAGACUUGGUUUUCUGGAUGAUGAUAUAAUCAACAGUCUGAGCUGCUGUGGAGCAAUGUUGGACACUAAGAUGCAAGCACCUGUUGGAAGAGGAUGUAUGAAAGACUGGUUUUCAAAAACAAUAGUCCACUGCAGACGGCGAGUUCCUGUCUGUUUUUCUUUCCUCCUCAUCUCUGUGUUCCUACUGCUCUUCUCCCUGGUUACACCCACUCUGUCCAUUCAUAUGGAGUCUAUAGAGAGCCACAGUGAGUUUAGCUGUGAGCCCAUCAGACUGAGAAUGUGCCAGGAUCUGCCUUACAACACCACCUUUAUGCCCAAUCUACUGAAUCACUAUGACCAGCAGACAGCCGCACUAGCUAUGGAGCCUUUUCAUCCCAUGGUAAACCUUGUGUGCAGCGCUGACCUGAGGAUGUUCCUGUGCGCCCUGUACGCCCCUGUGUGCACGGAGUAUGGCCGGGUGUCCAUGCCGUGUCGAUCCCUCUGCCAGCGGGCCAAAGAUGAGUGCCACAAACUCAUGGAGAUAUUUGGAGUAGCCUGGCCGGAUGACAUGGAGUGUAGCAGGUUCCCAGAUUGUGAUGAACCCUAUCCUCGUCCAGAGGACCUGCUAACAGGCUCUGACCCCACUGACCAGUCAUCCAUGACUGUGCAGAGAGACUACGGUUUCUGGUGCCCCAGAGAGCUCAAAGUUGACCCAGACCUGGGUUACACUUUCAUGGGCAGGAAGGACUGUUCUGCCCCAUGUCCCUCAAUGUUUUUUAACCAGCAGCAGCUGACCUUCACCCGAUACUUCAUAGGAGUCGUCUCCAUUGUCUGUCUGUCUGCAACGCUUUUCACCUUCCUGACAUUUCUCAUCGAUGUUACCAGGUUUCGAUACCCUGAGCGUCCAAUAAUCUUCUACGCUGUGUGUUAUGUCAUGGUGUCGCUGGUGUUUUUCCUUGGUUUCCUGUUGGAAGACAGGGUAGCAUGCAAUGCAGUCAGCCCUUCUCAGUUCAGAGCUUCAACCAUAACACAGGGCUCACACAACAAGGCAUGCACUCUGUUCUUCAUGGUCCUGUAUUUCUUCACCAUGGCCGGCAGCGUGUGGUGGGUCAUACUGACAAUCACUUGGUUCCUGGCCGCUGUGCCUAAAUGGGGCAGCGAGGCCAUUGAGAAGAAAGCCCUGCUCUUCCACGCUGUUGCCUGGGGGAUCCCAGGGGCCCUGACUGUCACCCUGUUGGCCCUGAAUAAAAUUGAAGGAGAUGGGAUCAGUGGAGUGUGUUUCAUAGGGCUGUAUGACAUAGAUGCCCUGAGGUGGUUUGUUCUGGCACCACUCUGCCUCAAUGUGGCGGUGGGUGUCUCUCUCCUGUUAGUGGGCAUCGUGGCUCUGAAUCGGGUGCGCAUGGAGAUCCCCCUGGAGAAGGAAAACCAGACCAAACUAGUCAAGUUUAUGAUCCGGAUGGGAGUGUUCUCUGUGCUCUACCUUGUCCCCCUUUUGACUGUGAUUGGAUGCUACCUGUACGAACACACCUACCGCAACAUUUGGGAGACAACAUGGAUGGAGGAGAACUGCAGACGCUACCACAUCCCCUGCCCAUACAAGGUGGAGCAGACCAGUCACCCAGUCAUGGUUUUGUUCCUGAUUAAAUACUUGAUGAUGCUGGUGGUGGGGAUUCCCUCCGUUUUCUGGGUUGGCAGUAAGAAGACCUGUUUUGAAUGGGCCAGCUUCCUGCAUGGACGCAGACGCAAAGACAGUGGAGUGAAUGAGUCUCGCCAGGUGCUGCAGGAGCAGCCAGACUUUGCCCAGUCUCUGCUGCGUGAACCCAACACUCCCAUUAUCAGGAAGUCCCGAGGAACAUCCACUCAGGGCACGUCCACCCACGCCUCCUCCACCCACUUGGCCGUCCUAGACGACCUUGACGAACCAGUAAGAACUCAUCACGGCCACCCCGCCUCCACCAGGAGUAAAGCCAGCAGCGUCCACAGCAAGGCCAGCUACCACGGCAGCCUACGCCGCACUCGAGAUGACAGGAGCGAUACUAUGGUUUACAGAGGUACAGAGGAGCGCAGUUUCCAUGGUAGCAUGCCUCGCCUGGACCACCCACUCUCCACUCACAGCAGCCUCCAUCAGAUAGACAGCCACUCAAGGCACAGCAGCCAGCAUGACGAUUCUGAGGCCCCACCCACCCUCAUCACCCACGGAACCACGGCAAGUGACAGCCAAGUUGCUGAGAAUGAUGGCACCAGCGCCUGAGCACAGUCACAAGUUUUACUGGAAAUGAAAUUGUUAGGAUGCAGUCGAUGUCUUUAAAAGGAAGAUUUGCUCCCGACAGAUACACACUUGUCUGUUUAGUGUGUAAGAGUUUCCUCUUGAGAUGGAGAAUGUACCAGUUGGUGCUGUGGUGGUGAUUUUUGUUGUUAGUUCCUCACUGGUUGGUUAACACAGUUCAGUCAGUGAACAUAACCAAUAUGGUGUAGAUUCAGUUUCUUAUUUGAAUUUACGCGGCAGGUGACUCCUGAUUGCUCAACUAAAACAAGCCAAGCAACAAAAACAAAUCCACCUCCUCAGACUUUGGUGACACUUCUCAAGACAUUAUUUGGGAAGAGUUUUGUUAAACUAGACAGAAGCUGAAAAAAUGUUGAAAGAAAGACCGAUGUAUCUCAUGGACAAGAAUGGUCACAGUUUCCUGCAGGUGUAGUUUGGAUGAUACAGUUGGAUGGACACCAGUUUUGAGAGCAUUGUGUCUUGUUUUGUGGUGGUAUUACUUCCUAUUAAUGAUUUUGCAUCAUCGUGCAGGAUGGACCUACAUGAAUAUUGUUAAAUAAGUGAACAGUGCCGAGUAUUGCUUUUGUAACAAUCUUUAAUGGUUUGUCUGCUUUCUUGGUAAAGUCUCACAUCAAACUUGACUUAUUUCAGUCUGAUCUAAUUAUUCCCAAUCUUUGUUUGUCUUAGAUUGCAGCUCUUAAUGAGUGAUGAUUAUUUUUGUGUGGCUUCAGAGACUGACAAAUAUGGGCCUAAUGUGACAUUGUGGACCUCUCUGUGGUUUAGUGAAAUAUUUUUAUACUGUGAAAAAAAUCAUCUGUGUGCUGCUAAAAGCUUCACUAUGUGAGUGAGUGAGUGUGUGUGUGUGUGUGUGUGUGUGUGUGUGUGUGAGAGAGAGAGAGAGAGAGAAAGAAACACGGUCAUAUAUGUUUUAACCUUCAGUUCCCUCCUCUGGUGAACAGAGACAAUGGAGGGAACUGAACCCAGAAUGUAAAAGGGUUGCUUUCAGAGUAAGAAAGAGAGGUGAUAUUAUAUGGACGUUGUUGUGUGAAUGAAGUGGAAUAAUGCUUGUGCAGUUACUUACAUGCACAGAGGUUAUUCCAGCUCAGCCCGAAACAAUUUUAGCACUGAUCCUUCUGCAGAGAGGCAUUAGUUUGGCACAAAAAGACAAGGCAGCUUUAGAAACAAGCAAGAUAAUAAUUUACUCAACCAUUGCUUGUUCAGUUAAUUGUCAACCAACCAAUCUGUGUAAUAAAAUCCUAAGAAUAAGCAGAAUAAGUCAUGUCAAAGUCUAAAAGCCUCAAAUGGCGUCACAAUCUGUACAACAUACAACACCCUGUAAGUAAGAGUACUGUUAAAAGCUAGCUGACAACCAGAGUAUUGUAACCCAAAUUGAGGUACACAUCCAUCACUGCAGUCAAGUCUAAUGGCUUCAUAGACUGGAGUGUAAUUUAAAAAUGGAAACAGAUAACAGUGCUUUUAUUCUGAAAUCUGUCACAUCCACAUGGCUGAGUGGUUGUUUUUUUUUAGGAGAGGGUGCUUGUGCAUGUCAUUUUCACCAGUGUACUUGACAUGUACCCUAAACUACUAUUGUACAUGCUCUGUGAUAUGUGUGCUUAUGUUGUUCAGACGUAGAACUCAUUAGACUCAUCCAAAGCCGUGCAGAGGAAUGGCAGUCAAACUGGACAAAAAGAAACAUUCAGUCGUUGAGCUCUAUACGUUCUCUGACAUUUAUUUUACACUUGUUGCGUAAAUGUUACAGGAAGUGUAUAUUGUCACUGUUUUAGUUUGUGUUUCAUUCCCCAUUCCCUCAAGAUCCACUUAACCUACCUCACCUCUACCUUCAGCCUUCUCUGUACCUAUGUGUGCACACAUACACAUACACAACUACACAUUAUCGGGUGCUUUUUGAACAGUAGAAAGUAGUCCUCAGCUCAACACAUUAAUUCAGUUCAGUAGAAAUGGUGCUUAUUUUUGAGGAAUCUGAGCUACUGUAAAAUUUAACACAAACCAGACAGACUUUAAUUGACUCAUAGGUUCUGCCAUGAUCAUCAACACACACACACACACACACACAGAUCAGUAGGGUAUCUGUGGCUAGCUGUUUGUGGUCCCACAGUUGGCUUUGUGUUUUUCCAGUCUACCUCUUCAGUUCAAAUGUUACCUAUCUGACUCUCUGGCCUUUCACUGCUGCCUCCCUCCUCCUGUGUCAGUUUAUGUUUGUCUCUCUGCACCUGUUUUAAGUUCCUUAUGACCAACUGCCUACUGUCAACCUGUCUGCCUGUGUUAUCUGUUGUACAUAGAGUUUCUGUCCUAUGUGAUGACUAAUCUGCCUCACAUCUGCCUUCUGCCUCUCCUCCUGUAAAUGUGCCCACACUAAUCUUUUUUUGGACCUACAGCAACUGUCUGUACUGUUGCGAGUCUUGACUGCUUACAAACAUUAACCGUUGUGCUUUUACCUCUGAAUUGGACAUUAUAGUGAGGGAUGCUGUGUUAAAUAUUUACAUCUUUAAACUCAACACAAUGAAAAAGGAAAUCUCUCAUUCUUCUUAUCAGUCCCCCACAACCAGACAUGAGGAAGAAGAACCGUCUUGAUUUCUGAUGUCCUGUUGUCAUAAUGUCAUACUGUGCUUCAGAGUGAACUGCAGCUUCAAAGUAUGAAACAUUAUCAAUAAUGGUUAAAAAACAUAAUACUAUUGUGAAUUCUGAAACUUGAGUUGUAUUUGCCUUUUAAUUUAUUUGCAGUUUGGGACUGUAAUGAUUUCUUUUACAUGCAGUCUAAUAAACGUUUUAUAGACUUUA